GUGCGUUGGUUGGCUCAAAGCGAAGAGAUUUUUUUUCUCUUUCGGGCAAGUGGGCAAAAAGUUGGCGGCCACAUUUCCGCGGUGAAGGCACCCAGUCCUAUUCGACGGAGGCAACACAGCAGAUGGCCUCGAGUGGCCUCGAGUGGUCGAGUGGCCUGGCGGGAUUGCAAGGGAUUGACGACGGCCAGCGAGGGCCAGCGAACGAUGGUCGGUUACAUAGCAGGGGUUCGCGCAAAUCUGGAGACGGGACCCAUGGGGCGGCCAAGGGGGCCGGGAGGUCGUUGUCGGUCGCUCGCUGGUGAUCACGGUGUGCAGCGUUCGCGGUGCCGCGCCGGUGCAGCUCGGUGCAGUGCGGUACAGUGACAGCCUGACAGAUUGUUAGCUCGUUGCGGUCUGCCUUCUCCAAUCCCCGCCAAACGCCGUCAAACGCCGUCGACCUCGUCGUCGUUGAGGGGUAUCGGCGACGAAGGCGGAGAGGUGAAGUCGGUAGCGUAGCAAUGAUGCUACCUUGGGAUGCCACGCU